UGACACUGUACUCUUGUUAUACCAACGAACACGCAGAUGGUCGAUAGCCCUCUUGUCGACGCUCUCUCACCAUGGCGCUGUAGAGGCGAGUGCUUCUGGCUCUUUGGCCAUGCCAGAGCCGAGGAACAUCUGGCACCUGUGGCUUUCAAUGUGCUUGAAGGGGUAUCGACAUUCGCGAGUCCGGAAGUCUCUGGGGCGUAUCAAGGAGGAUUGACGUCCAUAAUGAUUGCCAGGUACAACGACAGCCCAGUCGGGCCUCACGAUGAGUUGAUAUGGGUCCCUGGCCAGUUUGCGGUGCCGCCAACGGGUCGAAACGCGAAUCGCAUCACGAGAGCCUACGUCUCAACCAAGGAGUCCGCGUAUAACCGACGCAAACAUUGGAACAUUCCCGCACGCACCGCCCACUUCACGUUCGUCCCAAGCGGGGCGAACUCACCGAAAGCACUGCCGUACUCCCGCAUCUGCGUAGCGCCGCCUGAUGCGCCGGACAACCCGUUCUUCGUCACGGACCUCGCGCCUUCCUUCCUUUUGUCGAGUGGCUUGAUACCGUUCAGCUCAAGUUUUGUCCCGCUAUCGCGGGAAGUUGAGUGCCCACCGCUCCCGCAGAGUGACAGUUGGAGGGAGGAUGCAUGUAUCGGGACAGAACGAUGGGUAUCCCUCACCCCGGCCAUGAAGGGCAAGGCAGGCUUCUUCCGCUGGAAAGGAGGCCUCGCAGAUGGCGCGCUAGCAGACAACGUCGGCCUUCCUAACGUGCGUCCGUGGUCGACAGGUAUGUGGUUACGGGAGUUCGAGCUUGAAUUCCCUGUAGGGGACGUGUUAGGGAAGAGGGGUGGAUAGCCGGACCAUGACGUAGGUUCUCAUUGGAUGUGAACAAUUUUAUCCCAUUCCAUCUUCAUUAGAGACCUGCGGCUUGUGGUGUAUUAUGCCUCUGUCAUUAUGCUCCCCAGGUAAACAUAUUCACUUUACAAGGCCCAUUUGUCU